AUGGAGAACCAAGCCCAUAAUACAGCGGGAGCUUCUCCUUGUGAGGCUGAGCUUCAGGAAUUAAUGGAACAAAUUGACAUCAUGGUCAGCAACAAGAAAUUGGACUGGGAGAGGAAGAUGCGAGCUUUGGAGACAAGGUUAGAUCUUCGGGAUCAAGAGUUGGCAAAUGCACAGACUUGUUUGGAUCAGAAGGGUCAAGAGGUGGGAUUACUUAGACAGAAGUUGGACAGUCUGGAAAAAUGUAACUUAGCAAUGACACAGAAUUAUGAAGGACAACUGCAAACCCUAAAAGCUCAAUUUUCCAAACUAACUAAUAGCUUUGAAAAACUGAGAUUACACCAGAUGAAACAAAAUAAAUUUCGACGAAAAGAGUUACCACAUCUCAAAGAAGAAACACCCUUUGAACCAAGUAAUUUGAACCAGAAAUUAGAGGAAUUUAGAACAAAAUCAAGAGAAUGGGACAAGCAAGAGAUACUAUAUCAGACUCAUCUGGUUUCUUUAGAUGCUCAACAAAAAAUAUUGUCUGAGAAGUGCAAUCAAUUUCAGAAACAGGCACAAAGUUACCAAACUCAACUAAAUGGUAAAAAACAGUGCAUGGAAGGGGACAGCAGCUCUGAAAUUCCUCCGUUGAUAUGCGAGCCAGAUGCUAGUUGUGAAACAAGUGGAAGAGAUGAAUUCAUUAUUGAAAAACUAAAAUCAGCUGUUAGUGAAAUAGCAUUAAGCCGGAAUAAGUUACAAGAUGAAAAUCAGAAGCUCUUACAGGAACUGAAAAUGUACCAAAGACAGUGCCAGGCCAUGGAAGCAGGACUCUCAGAGGUGAAAAGUGAGUUACAGUCACGUGAUGAUCUCUUGAGGAUUAUAGAAAUGGAACGACUGCAGUUGCACAGAGAAUUAUUAAAAAUAGGAGAGUGCCAAAAUGCUCAAGAAAAUAAAAGAAGACUUGAAUCAUCUUAUUCACCUUCUAUUAAAGAACCAGAAAGGAAAAGGAAAGAACUGUUUUCACUGACCCCGGAUCAACCAAAUCAUGAGAAAGAACUGACUAAGAUAAGGAGCCAUCUCUGCCAGGAGGGAGAGCACCACAGCUGUGAGCAGGAAAGAAUGCGGAACGAGAUCUCUGACCUAACGGAGGAGCUUCAUCAGAAGGAGAUCACUAUAGCAACUAUCAUGAGGAAAGCUGCCCUUCUGGAGAGACAGCUAAAGAUGGAGCUGGAAAUCAAGGAAAAAAUGUUAGCAAAACAACAGGUCUCAGAUAUGAAAUAUAAAGCUGUCAGAACUGAAAACACACAUCUGAAAGGAAUGAUGGGAGAUUUAGACCCUGGACGGUACAUGACAAGUGAAGUUACUGAUAUUAAGAGCAUGGAGUGCGUUAACAGGGAACAUUCAAGGUACACGUCCAUUAACAAACUGGAGUAUGAAAAUGAAAGGCUCCGGAGUGAUCUUGCAAAACUUCAUGCCAAUGGAAAACCAGUGUGGGCUAACCACAGCACCUACGAAGAACCGGUGCAGCUUAGCCCAGACUGCGAGCCAAAUAGAAGUGCAACGCCUCCGUUGCCACCUUUGCCGUUUCAAAUUAAAGAGAUGACAAGUCCUUUGGUUAGUGAUGAAGAAGUAUUCCCACUGUCUCCCCCAGACACGUCCUUCCCAGCGUCCCUGGCCACGCAGCAUUUCCUCAUGGAGGAAGAGAAGCGAGCAAAAGAACUUGAAAAACUUCUAAAUACACAUAUUGAUGAACUGCAAAGACAUACAGAAUUUACUCUCAAUAAAUACACCAAGCUAAAACAAAAUAGACACAUAUGA